AUGUUCAGAGAAACAUUUCGGCCGCACCCACAGAGGACCACCUGGGACAUGCCCACCAGGAACGCCCACAGCACCAGCAGGAUGCGAAGCGGCACGGCCAGAACGAGAUGGGACAGCAGAAACUUGGAGACCAUGGCGCCCCGGCUGGCGUGGGCGGCGGGGAAGGAGUACACGUCCAUGGCGAUGCAGUCCAGGAAGCCUGGCGUCAUCUCCCAGGGGCCCCUCCGCUUAACCACCAAAGUGUUACUCCGCGUGAGACACACGAUAGUGCCAAUGAUCCACGUGAUGCCGUGCCCCGUGAGCGCCACCAGAGAGGCCAUGGAGCGGCAGCCUCCCCAGGAGGACCAAGGGUAG